AUGAAAGAUUCACAAAUUUUCCCAAUUACUAUCGAAGAUGUUAAAAAAAUUUGUUAUGCAAUUCAGUAUCAUAAAUGUGGUGAACUUUAUAGAUUUUUAGGAGUUAAAAAAGAAGAUACUAUUGAUAAAAUUGCUCAUACAUAUAAAGAAAUUAAAAGUAAUUUUAAAAAUGAUGAAAUAGUCACGGCCAGCUUGGAUGCAGCAUAUGAAAUAAUUUCAGAUAAAAGAUUAAGAGAUUACUAUGAUGAAAAAUUGUAUGAUGAUAUGGUUAGAGAAGAACUUAAAUAUUUUCAAUCAUUAAAUCAAAAAAAUCAAACCCUACUCUCAACAAUUGGAGCUUUAUUAGCACCAUUGGAAAUAAUCUCACUUGUAAUAAAUACAACUCCAAGUCCACCAUCAAUUAGUUCACUUCAAAUUCUCAGAUCUUUCAUUAAAAAACAUAGUGCAUUUUCAUUAGGUAAAAUCGUUUUGACACAAGCAAUGCUUCCUUCAACUCUUGCAAUGAUAAUUCAACCACUUUUUAUAUUGAAGGAUAAAUACACCUAUUCAUUCUCAAUGGUUGGUAAAUUAACAGAUGAAAUUGUUUCCUAUCUCUCUACAUUUAUUAUAACCUUCCCACUUGAUUGUUAUAUGCAAACUGCACACAAUUUAUCGUUUUUGGAAGUAGUUAAAAAAGUGGUACUUUGUCAAGAUGGGGUAACUAGAAAAUUAAAUUUUAAAAAUGUAGCCUACACUUUUAUUUCAUCAUUUGGAAUGUACGCAUUAAGUAGACUCUUAAGAAUUGGUUAUAAUAAAGUUGAAGCAUAUGUUGAGUCGAAAUCAUUAGAGAAUCCAAAUUCAACAUUUUGGAGAAACUCACUCAUAAUUAAAUCAAUAUACGUUAAAAGUAUUUUUAUGUCAUUGUUCCUCGUUCCAUAUGAAGCAAUUCAUUCUCAAUACUCUUAUUUAUAUGUUCAACGUUAUCUUGGUAAACCAACUCUAUCAUUAUCAAUCAAUCCAAUCUCAUUAGCAGUUGAUUUAGUAAAAUCUCAAGGAUAUAGAAAAUUAUAUAAAUCUUUACCAUUUUCUUAUAUCUCCCUUUUAUUAGAAGAAUACCUUAUUUCUAAUAUAUCAACAGACCUUUAA